AUGUAUAAAUUUCUUCAUCCAGUUGGAGUUCAGGUGGGAUGGAAGAGAUUGAUUUGUAAUAGCCAUGCUAGUCCAAAGAGUACUUUCAUUGUUUGGCUAGCAGUGCAGAACAGUCUAGCUAUAAAAGACAGAUUGAUAAGCUGGCAUCUGAAUAUUGAUGGUACUUGUGGCCUGUGUCAGUUGGAAAGUGAAAGUUUGGAUCAUUUGUUCUUCUCUUGUUCUUAUUCUAAGGAGAUUUGGAGACAGGUUCUGAUUCAUCUAGGAGUGACUAGAGCUGUUUUGUCUUGGCAAGAAGAAGUCCAGAUUGCAGUGAAGAGAAGCAGAAGUAAAAAGAAAAAGGCUUGCAAGUAUAGUAUAGCUUUCAUUGAGUCAGUUUACUGUAUCUGGUUGCAAAGAAAUUCUAAGGUUUGUAGGGAUCAUGUUGAUCCAGUCAAAGCUGUUUUUAGCAACAUUAUGUUAGAUGUCAGUACUGGCUGA